GAGCGGUCUGGCGCGUCUCCGUCUAACAAUCUCCAUUUCUCUUAACGUUGUCUUGACGACAACGACGACGCUCCUUCAACCUGCUGCUACUGAGUAGCCCCACAGUCCUUUCCAUCCACACUCCAGAAUCAUUCACUCCUUUGUUGUUAGUCGCCGAAGGUGCGCUUGACCCAACUCGACGAUCACCGCUUUCGUCGAAGCAGUCAUAUCACAUCACAAUCAUCUCUUCUGAGUUCUCAAUAAUGCACUCUUCUACCCUUCUCACUUCCAUACUUGCAGCUAGCGCUCUUGCUUUACCACAGGUUCAGCUCGAGAAGCGUCAACAAGGGAAUCCAGGUCCUUCCAACGUGCCUCCACCGGCCAAUGGUGCUCCAGUCGACCCAGGACAUACUCCCGGUCCCCAACAAGCUUUCCUGACUGUUAACAGCGGGCUUGCAUACCGCAAUUCUAUUCUCUUUCAUCACAAUCAAGCUCGUGCCAAUCACGGAUCUCAACCCCUGGUCUGGAACGAGACUGUUGCGGCGACUGCGAAGAUCACCGCCGACACUUGUAUCUUUGAGCACUCUGUACCUGAUAAUGUUCGACAAGGCCAGAACCUUUACACUGUGUCUGGCGACUAUUUCAACGUCACAGCUGCUAUCACCGAGAGUUGGUACAAGGGAGAGUUCCCGUUCAUGCGAAACUAUUACGGUGCGACCGAUAUCCCCUCCAACGUCUUUGGCCAGGUCGGCCAUCUCACGCAGGUCGUCUGGAAUGGCACCACCAGUGUCGGUUGCUACUCCCUAGACUGUGGCAACAGGAUGGUUGUCUUUGGCGAGAGACAAUCCAGCAUGAACAAAUACACAGUAUGCAACUACUGGCCCGCGGGCAACGUUCGCACCCAGUACGCUCUCAACGUUGGACGUCCUCGCAGCAACACUGACCUUGGAAACUAUGCCGACUGAGCGCGGCCCACGCUAACGCUAUGAUGUAAUUGUACGAUUCAUUUGUAUGAUUGAGUAUUUUAUGUCCCUCUACGGGAGUUACCGGGCAUGGCGAUAUCAGACGAUACCUACCUACUUCCUUCUACGGCCCCCUUUUUCUUUGCCGAGUGCUACGAGAUCCUUGUUCCUGUUGUAAUUUGGUCAGGAAGCAAACAAGCGAGCGUCACCUUCUUUCAAAGUGCUAACGGCUGUACGAUAUACAGCCUUUACGAAUUUCACGUACAAAGUAAUAGUCGUUCAAUCAAAACUUUUCUUCUUUCACGCACACCUUGGUUUCUAAACUAUAGCUGACUCAGUCGUUAACAAUCUUUUGACAACUGCCGCACAGUAAUACCCACAGUUGCUUCUUUACGCGUACCACUCGCCCCAACGAAGGCUUGCAACGACGACUUCCACUGUUCAACCAUGUCAUAUGCUCCCCAGCCCAG